AUCCACCUAUCCAUCCAUCAAACAGCCAUCACCGACAACCACUCCAUCAACCGAUCCAAUCAAACUCGUGUUUCUCGAACAAACAAGAUAGAGAUGGUGACUUGGAAAUCCCCGCCCCCUUCACCUCCCCCUCACCAAACAAAGCCUAAAACUAACCCCACCAACCACUACGGCUCGCAGUCCCUCCGCUUCGUUCCCCCCGCAACCUCAACCCCUGCAACCCUCCCCCCCCCGCGGCGUCCGCGCCCUCGUCCACAUCCAUUCCUGACACUCUCCGCGCCGGUGGUCCCACCUCCCUCGCCUCGACGCUGAACUCUAGACACCCGCUCGAGGCACGCCUAGCGCAGUGGGAUGAGACACAGGAGAAGCUCAAGAUGGAGAACCUCCGCCGCAUGUUUGGCGUGCAGGAGGUUGUGCGUCGCGGUAUGGAGAUAAAGAUUGCCGGGUCGGAUUGGAGGCCGGCGCAGUUGGGGGGCCCAUCGAACUUUCACUUGGACAUUUUGAGGGGCGUGGACGAGAGGAUUGAGUGGGAGGAUGUGUUUAAAGGUUUGCCUUUUCGAAGGUUCGAGCAGGGCGGCAAAGGUGCUAAUUAUUUGUAGGGAAUGAUAAUACUUUUGAAAUGCCAGAUUUCCAUGCCGAGAUGGAGAGGAAGCUUAGGAUGAACUGGUAGAUUUGGGGGGUGAGUUUUCUGCAGCUUCAUGACAUGAGAUGGAGCGGGCCGGGAGGUGGGGGUAGACGAGAUACCGUUCGGUAUGGAUAUAAAGAAAAGGGUUCUCUCAAAUUUAAUCUUGACUGGCCCGUUUCAUGAU